AUGGCGCAGCCGCCUGACGCCGCCGCCGCCGCCGCCGUCCCGCCGCCGGUAGUCAUCGACCGGGAUGUCUGGCACGCCUGCGCCGUCCCGUACUCCGGCGUCCUCCCCGGCGUCGGCACACUGGUCUACUACAUCCCCCAUGGCCACAUCGAACAGUGCGCCGAGGAUCCCGCGCUGCUGCUCUCCCGCCUCCCGGACCCCAUCCACCCCGUGCCCUGCACCGUUGCCGACCUCGUCCUCGACGUCGACGCCGAGAGCGGCGAGGCGUACGCCACCAUCUCCCUCCUUCCAGGCAGCCACGACGACACGACCGCGCGGCGCCAGGUCCCCGCCCACGGCGAGCCGGGGUUCCGCUUCUUCGAGAAGCAGCUGUCGCCGGCCGACGUCACCAGCAACGCCCUCGUCCUCCCCGCCGGCGCCGAGCACGUCCUUCCGCCGCUCGACAUCGCCGCCUACCAGACCGCCCGGCUCUUCGACGUGAGGGACCUGCGAGGCAAGCGCUUCGAGUUCGUGCACAUCUGGGACAAGAAGCGCUGCCGCUACAUGCUCGGCGACCUCGGCGUCAACGACAACGACGGCUGGAGAGGGUUCGUCAAAGCCAAGCGCCUCGCCACCAGGGACACCGUGGUCUUCAUGCGCCGCGGCGGCGGCGACGGCGACGGCGACGGCGAGCUGCUUGUCGGGGUGCGGCGCGCGCCCCGCGCGCGCGGCGGCCACCACCCGAGGCCCGGGGUCGAAGACAACAAGGUGGUGUCCGAGGUGUGGCUGGCGAUGCAGGGCGUGACGCCGUUCGAGGUGACCUACUACCCACGGGAGGGCACAUUCGAGUUCGUGGUGUCGCGCGACGAGUACAUCGGCUUCUCCUUCUCGCCGUUCUACCCUUUCGUUCCCGGGACGACGGUGCACUUGCGGAUGAACCCGCUGCAGAUCGCCCAAUCGAUUUCGGGCACCGUCAGGACCUUCGACCAUCUACGCCCAUGGCGCAUGCUCGAGGUUGAUUGGGAUCAAGCGGCCUCCCCGAUCUCCUACAGGAUACACAGACAAGUUAAUUCUUGGCAAGUCCUGCGUCAGCCUCAGCCAGCAGCAACUACUUCGGCUGUGCGAAUUCGGGAUGCCAUUGUUGCCACCCCGCAAGUUCAGAUAAUGGCGCUGCCGAGGCCGCCGCCGCCGACGACGACGACGGGAAUGGUGCCGGUCAUCGACCACGACAUCUGGCUCGCCUGCGCCACGCCGUACUCCGGCCGCCUCCCCGUCGUCGGCUCGGCGGUCUACUACUUCCCCCAAGGCCACGCCGAGCAAUGCCACACCUGCACGACGUGCCUGAUCCCGGACAACCGCCAUCGCUUACGCUGCACCGUCACCGGCAUCGAUUCGCUGUCGACGCCCAGUCCGAUGAUUCCUACGCCAUGAUUUCCCUCUUUCCGGGCGACUGCUACGUCACGCACCGCCCGCUUCCCGCCGCGCGCGACCCCGUCGGAGGCCAGCGGGAGUUCUGCUUCUUCGACAAGAAGCUGUC